AUGCGAAACACAAGAAAAAAAUUGGCAACAAUAGAUGGGUCCCAACCCUUGUUACAACCGGAAGUAGAUACCCCUCAGGAAAUGCUACAGUGUUGCCACAUACGAGUUGCGGAAAGUCAUGAUAUUAAGCCAUUUGAAGAAAUAUUCAUUUGGGGUAAAUUGGAAGAUAAGAAUGAAAAAUUUACUAGAGAUUCAUACAUUGAAGAACGGAACAUUUUCAGCAGAGAACUGGGCUUCUUACAACCCCCGAUAAAGAUUUCGGCAGAAAUGAUGGACGAUGAAAAUAAAAUCUCCAUAUGCAUACUGAAUACUACUGAUAAAUCAAUCAGAGUUUAUAGAGAACAAACUGCGGCCACAAUUCAGGAACUGCCAAGUACCCACAACAUAGUACAUAUUUCAGAGUCAAAUAUGGAAAUAAUCCAUCAUCACAAUAUGACCCAGUCCCAGAAGUAUCAGUCGGUGAACAAUUGACAACACAACAAAGAGAAAAAUUAGAAGGUUUAAUUCGAAAAAAUACGCAAGUUUUCGACUACCCAGGAAAUAGUGGGUGUGAACCGCAACAAUAGACCACACGAUACCCACAGCCGUAUCUGAUCCAAUUGUGUGCCACCCAGAAGACACAACCUGGGGUUAACUCAAAAAAUUAAUGAAGCAGUAGGAAACCAUGUAAAGUCGGGACAUUUGACACCCUCUAAGUCGACCCCUUGGGCAUUUCCAAUUGUACCUGUAUUAAAACCAGAUAAAACAGUUCGAUUGUGUGUAGACUACCGACCACGUAACAAAAUUACUCAGAAUGACCCAUAUCCAACUGGAAAUUUGCAAGAGGUUCUAGACAAUCUAUCAGAUGUUAACUACAUGUAUUUUAGUGUUAUUGAUUUGGCCCAAGGUUAUUUUCAGGUCCCACUGGCCAAGGAAGAUCGACCAAAGACAGCGUUUCGAUCGCCUACUGGGUUUUGGGAAUGGACAAGAAUGCCGUAUGGUAUUAAAAGGAAGUCCGGCAACUUUUUCUCGGUUGAUGCAGAAGGUUCUAGGACACAUCGGUUGGCAUUGUGCAUGGACGAUAUCUGUAUUAUUAGCAAAACGUUUGAGGAACAUUUGGUUAAUCUCCAGGGAGUAUUUGAUGCAUUGCGACAGCAUGGAUUACGAAUUAAUGCUAAGAAAUCUGCUUUCGCAAUGAAAGAAGUGAAAUUUCUUGGACACACUCAAUGAAUGGAGGUUCAAUCUGAGCUUCUCUUGAGUGCCAUUGCUGUUUUUGAAUAACUGGAUGGUUAGUAGUCACAGAGUAUGGUACGAUACUAACCCUGCAGCUAUUCAAAAACAGCACUGACACUCAAGAGAAGCACAGAUUGAACCUCCACUCAUUGAGUGUGAGUGAUCUUUUAGAAUACGAGCGAAAGUUUGCAACAAGAGUGUGCAGCCAGAGGAACAUAAAUUAAAGGCAAUUUGUGCAUGGGUUGCACCAUUGUCUUAAAGAGGUGCAAAUGUUUUUGGGUGCAGUUGGGUGGUAUCGGAAGUUUAUCAAGGAUUUUAGUACAAUUGCUCGACCAUUAACAUGGCUUUUGGAGAAAGAUGUCACAUUCACUUGCGUAAGGAGCAAGAUGAUGCAUCCAGUACACUAAGACAUGAGUUGGUUAAAGCUCCAGUAUUAGCCCAUCAAGUAAAGUGGGUCUGGGUGGUGAACUAUCACAAGAAGAUGCACAAGGACAAUUACAUCCGGUUGCAUAUCUCAGUCGUGCAUUGACCAAACGAGAACGUUCAUAUCCUACUUAUGACAGGGAAGUGAUGGCUAUGCGGGACACGCUUAAGCAUUUUCGGUAUUAUCUGUUAGGAGCACAAGUAGUGAUGAGGACCGACCACAAACCUCUUCUAAAGAUCCUGGAACAGAAAGAUCCUUUUGGACGAAGAGCGACAUUGAUGAGAGAUAUAGCAGAAUUCGAACCACGCAUAGAGAUUAUUCGAGGCCAGGUAAUCACAUGGCAGAUGCUCUUAGUCGGAUCGGAUGGAAUGUCAAGUGGGAAGAGAGAGAUGAGGAUACUAAUAAAGUGGCUACUAUUGGGGCUCUCAAGACGAGAUUGGUCUAUGCAAGGAUGUAAGGUUGGACAUAAAUGAUUUCCAAUUGUAGCAAGAACGUGACCCAACCCUUAAGCCACAUAUUUCCACUCACCGAAACUAACAUGGUUUAUUCACACGAGAUCAUAAGAAGCAAGUGUUACUUCCAGCACUGCUUGUUUCCACCAUAUUAUCAUUAGCUCAUGAGGAAACAGGGCACCAAGGAGCAGAUAAAAUGCAUGCAAGAAUUGAACCUCAUUAUUGGUGGCCAAAGAUGAAAGCAGAAGUAGAGAACUAUGCAAAAACGUGUAAACGCUGCGCUGCUACUCUUGCCCAAAAGAAGAGAAACCAUUUGCGUUGAUAGAAGUAGAUCUCAAGGGUCCAUUUCCGAGAACAAAAGAGGGAUUUAACAAUAUUGUUGUGAUAACAGAUCCAUGUACAAAAUAUGCAGAGAUGCAUCCAAUUCGAGGACAAACUAGCCAAGAUGUUUGUAAGAUACUCAUGGGUUGGAUAUCAAGAUAUGGUUUACCAAACAAAGUGCACUCUGACAAUGGACCUUGCUUCAUAAGCGAAACAUUUGAACAUUUUUGCAUAACCCAAGGCAUUGAGCAUACAUUCAGUCCACCCUAUAGGCCACAAGGAAACGCGAGUGUAGAACGGAUGAAUCGUACGAUGGGGGAAGCACUUCUUAACACCUACCUGACAUACAACUAGCACACAACACAGCAGUUCAUACAAAUACAGGCGUUUCGCCGUACGAACUAGUUUUUAGGAAGCACCCGCGAUCAAAAUUCGAAAUUAGAACAGAGAAGAUACUGUAUCACCAGCAACGGUUAGAGAGAAAACGGAACGACUGCGCGAGACCGUUAGUGAGGUAUUCCAAAAAGCACAAGAGUCCGAUGCCAAGUUAACGGAAAAACGCAGAGAACGGUACAACAGUAAAACUUCGUUUAAAUCGUUGGGGGUGGGUCAACAAGUUUGGAAAAGAAAUUUACGGGCAAAAACAUUUGCAGAUCGGUGGACGGGACCCUAUGUCGUGGUAAAGCCCACGUUGGAAACCAAAACAUCUUAUGUAGUAAGAAGGAAUAAUGGAACUAAAGAAGAAAUUGUCUAUUACAAUUACCUUAAACCUUAUCAGAUUCAACCUGUCAAGAAACCAAAGUCAAGGAACCCACCGGAGAAGAAUGGGGUCGGACACCCAGCACUGGAUACCAGUGAGGACAGUGAAUCUGACAGCAGAGAAGAGGAAAUGCAACUAGAGAGAAAAUAUCCAGAAACAAUACGAAGACCUCCAAAAAGAUACACAUAA